AUGAUAUUAAUAGUAUUGAUUAUCUUGCCUGUAUGGCUUUCACAUGUAAAUGCUUGGGCGAAUUUUUGGAAUCUUUCAGCUAUACCGUGGUACUGUGAUCGAGAUUGCUACAAAACGAUAAGUAAGAGAGAAAUUAGCAAUGCUGGAUGUCUGGAACGGAAUUCCACUACCGAACAUAUCUUCAAAAUGUUUAACAUUAAUAUUACUGCACCAAUUUGCUACAAACGUCCCAAAUUCCGACAAGACAUUUGCUUAAAAUUUGUAAAAGGGAAAUAUUUCAUUGGCACGUGCAACGUGAACGUCAUUGAUCAUCGAAUAAGUUGCAGAAAAUCAAAUGACCGUAUGUCGUGGUAUCGAGGAAUGCAAUCUGUUUCUUUUUCUGGAAAAACUUGUUUACGUUGGGAUGAAGUAAAUUCAACUUUUCAAUCAACCGAUUUUAGCAGUUAUUAUGGUCCAUCCAUAAAAUAUGCUUCAACUACAUUAUCAACUGAAAUGCAUUCAUUGGAAAAUUAUUGCCGUAAUCCGGAUGAUUGGUAUAUGGGACCAUGGUGCUUUAUAAUGGAUGAAUCUCGGAUUCGACGUGAGGCAUGUUUCAAGCAGUGUGAAGCAUAUAAUCAUCCGGAAUUUUGUCUUGCAAAAAUGUUUUUUCCAUAUAUGUUGCAUUCAUCAUCAUUAUUUAAUGGUGCGCCGAAAGUUGAAACAAAUAGUGAAUCUAUUAAAGAUUUGAGUGACAUCAUCGACGUGUUAAGUGUCGUACGCAUCGAUCCCCAAAUUAGGCCAAUGUUCAUUCCAAUCUAUUUCACUGAUUACAUCCGAAAUUAUCCUAGUGAUAUUUCCACACGUCUACGUUGCUACCAGACAGGAUCACAGACACGAAUAGCUGGUCCUUGGACAUAUGCAGAUAUUGAUGAUCCAUUUCCGGAACGACGAUACUGGUUAUCUGAUUUGUUCGAAGAUAUCGGUGCUGAUAUCAUGGAUCGUGAGCGAACAUUUCGAGGUGAUGGUGGACCACGCUUCACACGUUGGAGACCAUGUUUUUUAGCAUGUGAAGAUAACAAUAUAGCUUGCUGGCCUGUUGCGCAAGUUGGCCCUACACGUCGACGUUUUCCAUAUUAUGGACCUCGAGAUUAUAAUAUCCAUGGCGAUCGUUGCGUGUCACCUUUUUUCGCUUAUGAAAUUCUCCUACAUAGAAAAACGAUGGCGGAAUUGACAAAAAAUGAUAAGAUAUAUUUGAAAAUAUUUCGUAAUGAAAUAUUAUACGACAAAAACAAAAAUCCAAGGAUACGAAAUGUUUUUGCUCACUCAAAAGGUCGCUUAAUGGUUAGCAACCGUUGUUUUACUCUUGGUGAUUUUCUACGUGGUAUGGAUGAUAGGGCUCGUAUUGAUAUGGCCGAACAAUAUCCGCUCUUUAAUCAUAUAUUUACAAUUGGGGCUGGUUGUUUCAUUGAGGUGGAAUAUCGAAAAAAGAUCGAAUAUCAAGCAUGCUUUAUUGAUUGUCGAUGCAAUCGAACAUUGCAUGAACCGGCUAUCUUUGAAGAAAUCCAUUGUGACUUGAAAGGAAAAUGUAGUGGAACUAAAAUUGUUGAGGAGGAUGAUGAUUAUAGUGAACAUAUGAGUAUAUUACAAAAUAUUACUGGAAUCGGUGAAAUAAAACUUUCAAGUAAUGUGAUGUUUGCUUCAUUAUUACUGUUGGCCAUUGCUUUAUCAUGUUUUGUUAUCGGCUGUGUGGGUGACCAAGGCAGAGAAGUGUCGGCCAAGAUAGUAACGCUUCGCAUCUCUCUUGGUCACACUCCUGGAAAUGGUCAUUGA